CGUCGAGCUUCGAAACUCUUUUUCUCAGUUCACCUGGAAAACGAUGCGUCGUCACAAGCAGACGCCAUGAGAGCUUGCAGGAGUCUCUGGAGAAAUUUGGAGAUUUAGAUGAACUCCAAUCUAUCUGCUGAUGAUAAUGAUAAGGAUUUGGAAUAACUAUAAGGGUAAAUACAGAUUCUUCCUCUCAAAUUGCCGCUCUUUCUCGUCAAUCAAACGACCCCAAAUCCCAGAAAGCGAAGAGACUAGCCUCUCGAUCACACAACGAAGAUUCGACCCAGAUUUAGCUCCUAUCAAGACUAGAGUUUACGUCUCUCUCUUCCAUACUCUCUUUCGGCUCUAUUUAAGCUGUGAGAGACUCUACGGAGCAGCAAGGACGCUCUCUGCGAUGUGCACUUUCGGGGUUGUUCCGGAUUCGCGUCUAUGGAACAGUCUGAUUCAUCAAUUCAAUGUCAAUGGUUUGGUACACGAUCAGGUAUCGCUGAUUUACAGCAAGAUGAUAGCUUGUGGAGUGUCUCCCGAUGUUUUUGCUCUCAAUGUAUUGAUUCAUUCUUUUUGCAAAGUGGGUCGUUUGAGUUUUGCAAUUAGUUUACUUAGAAAUAGAGUAAUCAGCAUCGAUACUGUUACUUAUAACACUGUGAUUUCGGGUUUAUGUGAACAUGGUUUAGCUGAUGAGGCUUAUCAGUUUCUAUCUGAGAUGGUGAAGAUGGGUAUAUUGCCUGAUACGGUUAGCUACAAUACUCUGAUUGAUGGGUUUUGUAAAGUUGGAAACUUUGUUAGAGCUAAGGCUUUAGUUGACGAAAUCUCGGAACUAAACCUUAUCACUCAUACUAUACUCUUAAGCUCCUACUACAAUCUCCAUGCUAUUGAAGAAGCAUACAGGGAUAUGGUUAUGAGUGGGUUUGAUCCGGAUGUUGUUACUUUUAGUUCGAUUAUUAACCGAUUGUGCAAAGGUGGAAAAGUGCUGGAAGGGGGAUUGUUACUGCGGGAAAUGGAGGAGAUGAGUGUAUAUCCGAACCAUGUAACUUAUACUACUCUUGUUGAUUCGUUAUUUAAAGCAAAUAUUUACCGCCAUGCUUUGGCUCUUUACAGUCAGAUGGUUGUGCGUGGGAUACCUGUAGAUUUAGUUGUAUAUACUGUUUUGAUGGAUGGUCUGUUUAAGGCUGGGGACCUUAGGGAGGCUGAGAAAACAUUUAAGAUGCUUUUGGAAGAUAACCAAGUUCCAAAUGUGGUUACAUAUACGGCUUUGGUUGAUGGGUUGUGCAAAGCGGGGGAUUUAAGCAGUGCAGAAUUUAUCAUAACGCAGAUGUUAGAGAAAAGUGUUAUUCCGAAUGUUGUAACAUACUCUAGUAUGAUAAACGGCUAUGUGAAGAAAGGGAUGCUCGAAGAAGCUGUUAGUCUUUUGAGAAAAAUGGAGGACCAAAAUGUUGUGCCGAAUGGUUUUACUUAUGGUACAGUAAUUGAUGGCUUGUUUAAGGCAGGGAAAGAAGAAAUGGCAAUUGAACUGAGUAAGGAAAUGAGGCUGAUUGGGGUGGAGGAAAACAACUACAUACUUGAUGCUCUGGUGAACCACUUGAAGAGAAUUGGUAGGAUUAAGGAAGUUAAGGGAUUAGUCAAAGACAUGGUAUCUAAAGGAGUGACGCUGGAUCAGAUUAACUACACAUCUUUAAUUGAUGUAUUCUUCAAAGGAGGAGACGAAGAAGCUGCUCUUGCUUGGGCUGAAGAAAUGCAAGAGAGAGGGAUGCCGUGGGAUGUUGUUUCUUAUAAUGUCUUAAUCAGUGGGAUGUUAAAGUUUGGCAAAGUCGGAGCAGACUGGGCCUACAAAGGAAUGAGAGAGAAGGGUAUAGAACCAGAUAUUGCUACAUUUAACAUAAUGAUGAAUUCACAAAGAAAGCAAGGGGAUUCGGAAGGUAUCCUUAAGCUUUGGGAUAAGAUGAAGAGUUGUGGAAUAAAACCGAGUCUGAUGAGUUGCAAUAUUGUGGUUGGAAUGCUAUGCGAAAACGGUAAAAUGGAGGAAGCAAUUCACAUAUUGAAUCAAAUGAUGCUUAUGGAGAUCCAUCCUAACUUAACGACAUACCGGAUUUUUCUUGACACGUCUUCGAAGCAUAAAAGAGCUGAUGCUAUAUUCAAAACGCAUGAGACGCUAUUGAGUUAUGGGAUUAAACUCAGUCGGCAAGUUUAUAACACUCUUAUUGCAACUCUGUGCAAACUAGGUAUGACGAAAAAGGCAGCUAUGGUUAUGGGGGAUAUGGAAGCGAGAGGCUUUAUUCCUGAUACUGUGACGUUCAAUUCCCUUAUGCACGGGUACUUUGUAGGCAGUCAUGUAAGAAAAGCUCUUUCGACAUAUUCUGUGAUGAUGGAAGCAGGAAUAUCCCCAAAUGUUGCAACCUAUAAUACUAUAAUAAGAGGUCUUUCUGAUGCUGGGCUAAUAAAGGAAGUGGACAAAUGGCUGAGUGAGAUGAAGAGUAGAGGUAUGCGCCCUGACGAUUUUACAUACAAUGCUUUAAUCUCUGGUCAAGCUAAGAUAGGGAAUAUGAAAGGAAGUAUGACGAUAUAUUGUGAGAUGAUUGCGGAUGGGUUGGUACCGAAAACCAGCACUUAUAAUGUGCUUAUUAGUGAAUUUGCUAACGUUGGGAAGAUGCUUCAGGCGAGAGAGCUAUUGAAAGAGAUGGGUAAGAGAGGAGUGAGCCCCAAUACUUCGACUUAUUGUACCAUGAUAUCUGGUUUGUGCAAACUUUGCACUCAUCCAGACGUUGAGUGGAAUAAAAAAGCAAUGUACUUAGCAGAGGCAAAAGGGUUGCUAAAAGAGAUGGUUGAAGAAAAGGGAUAUAUUCCGUGUAAUCAAACUAUUUACUGGAUAAGUGCUGCCUUUUCUAAACCUGGAAUGAAGGUUGAUGCUGAAAGAUUCUUAAAGGAGUGUUACAAGAAAAAGAAUGCUCGUUCCUCAAAUUCGUGAACGUGAUAUAUACUACAGUAGCAGAUUUGGCUCCAAACAGGACACCUAAGCAAUUGUGAAUCUGUGAUUCCGCAAUUGGGUUAGUGCUGCAGAACGGCGAUGGCAGCUGCAGAGCAGGCAAGACUUAUGAUCUAGCUGGUUUCUGGAUGUAACUAGUAACUAGGCUGUUCUAAAGCGACAUUGCAGAAGAGAUCUCUGAUUAUUAAUGGAUGUGCCUUUGUGCAGCCUUCUCAGAUCACACCCUGGUCUAGUUGAAGAAGACAGGAAGAAUGAAUUCAUGUUUGGUCUGGUCAUGGAAGCCAUACCCGAGCUUGGAGCUCGUGAUUUCCUCAGGAGAAGGAUAGAAGCUUUUGGAAUGAUUUACUCAGAAAAAAAAGGAACCGAGGAUAUGGAGUCAGUGAACACAAGACUGUUCUCAAUCCUGCUUCUUGCUUGGGAAAUCCACACUCACAGUUGUUUCUUUCAUUCAGAAAGUCAUCAAUAAACCAUAACAAAGGAAUUGAAAUAUGAAUUACCAAUAUGAUUGAUAUCUCAAAUGAAUAAUUUAUUUCCUUUUGUAUUA